ACAUAUUCAUUGAUUGUCCCACACUAAACAAAUAUGUAAUAAUGAUUUCCCUCAAAUCAUUAACAUAUUUUCCGUCCCCUUUACUCGUGCAUUCUUCUUUCCUGGGGGUCUCUCUGGUGGUCCCUGGUGUUCCUAGACCCCAGUGUUCCAGGUGACCUGGCUGAGUUGGCAGGACACUGAGGCUGGCGAACUUCCAGUUCUCCUUCUUACACAAUGGGCAUUAAGCAGUUUCUGUAGGCCAGUAGUUUCAGAGAAUAAGCAUUGUGUUCGUUCACCAGGUGAAGGCCAUUUAUUAUCUGGUAACACACCUCUAAGGAAAAGAAAAGAAUUAGUUGCCUAGCCGACAGUGAGAGUGCUCAUCCUUCCUCUUCCAUCAUGGUGCAGGCAUCUCCUGUAUCACACCAGGAAGCAUGAAAGCCUCAGCAGUCCAACUGCUGUUGGAUAUACUUCAAAAGCUUUUUAGGCACAGGAGAGAGUGGCAAAAGCACGUUCAUCAAACAGAUGAGAAUUAUCCAUGGAUCAGGUUACUCUGAUGAAGACAAAAGGGGCUUUACGAAAUUGGUGUACCAGAAUAUAUUUACAGCAAUGCAGGCUAUGAUCAGAGCCAUGGAUACCCUCAAAAUCCCAUAUAAGUACGACCAUAAUAAGGCUCAUGCACAGUUAGUUCGAGAAGUCGAUGUAGAGAAGGUGUCAACUUUUGAAAACCCCUAUGUAGAUGCACUGAGAAGUUUAUGGAAUGACCCUGGAAUCCAGGAAUGUUAUGAUAGACGACGAGAAUAUCAGUUAUCAGAUUCAACAAAAUAUUACCUUAACGACUUGGACCGCAUAGCAGAUUCAGACUAUCUGCCAACUCAGCAAGAUGUGCUUAGAGUUCGAGUCCCAACAACAGGGAUCAUCGAAUACCCAUUUGACUUACAAAGCGUCAUUUUCAGAAUGGUGGAUGUAGGAGGCCAACGAUCGGAAAGAAGAAAAUGGAUACACUGCUUUGAAAAUGUCACAUCUAUCAUGUUCCUAGUAGCUCUUAGUGAAUAUGAUCAAGUGCUUGUGGAGUCUGACAAUGAGGACCCCCCCUGCUCCAACAGAAGUACACCUGACACUUCAGGAGGACUGCAGCCACUUUUUCCAACUGGACUGCUACCAACACCCUGGUGUCAGAAUCGAAUGGAAGAAAGCAAAGCACUCUUUAGGACAAUUAUCACGUAUCCAUGGUUCCAGAAUUCUUCGGUCAUUCUGUUCUUAAAUAAAAAAGAUCUUUUAGAGGAGAAAAUUAUGUACUCCCAUUUAGUUGAUUAUUUCCCAGAGUAUGAUGGACCACAACGGGAUGCACAAGCAGCACGAGAGUUCAUCUUGAAGAUGUUUGUAGACCUGAAUCCAGAUAGUGACAAAAUUAUCUACUCCCACUUCACUUGUGCUACAGACACAGAGAAUAUACGCUUUGUCUUUGCUGCUGUCAAGGACACGAUUCUACAGUUAAACCUGAAGGAAUACAACUUGGUCUAACUGUGCCUAAGAGGCCCUCCAAAACCACCUUUGUGUGAUUGAAGAUGCACAAUAGGGACUGGAUUAUCUGUGAAAACAAGUUGCAUAAUACUAAUUUAUUGCUGGCCUGCACUCUGUGAAUGUUCAGAGUUUUUUAGUUGAUAUUAUGAUUUUAUUUAAACUAUAUGGAGGAAAACCAAAAGAUGCUGAAGUACAUUCACAGUACAUUUUCUUAUUUUUUAGGCAAAAUCUUGUGACUCAGUGGUUUCUAAAUUCUCAGUCAUACACUCACAAAGGAUAACAGGUUUUUGCUACCGCAGCAAAAUCAAGCAGGUUUCCUCUUUCCCUGACCCUUUCUCUCCUUCCUUCCUCCCCCGCUAUGUUUUAAAAGUACAAUGGCCAUUUUACCACUUGCAUUCCUUGAUAAUAUAUUUUCUGUUGAGUGACUUGGCCAAGAAAAUUCCUAUCAUCAGAAGUGAUCAGUCAUUCAAAUUUUACAGAAUAUGCUUUCUUUAAAGGAUCAGAAGUAUUGAUAAUAUGAUUUUUUUAAUUCUUAAAAUUAGUGUUCUCAUUCUGUCUUCACUUCUGAGACUAGAAUAUUGGGAAUUGUAAACUAAAAAUAGUUAUGUAUGGAUUUAGAAUUUAAACAUACUUUCCCAGUUCAGAAAGAUGCAUAGAAGACAGUAAUAAAAUAAAGACAUAAACCUCAGAUGUUCAUAGAAUAUCACUGAAUCUCUUUUUAAUUGCCAUGUGCCAUUAUUUUCUCUUCUCUUUAUUCACUAAUGAGAAGUAGAAAUGUCAUGGACACUACAUUUUCCUCAGUGGCUACGUCCAGAAACAGGGGAAGGGGUUUAUUUUUCAGUUGCGUGCAUUUUUUCUCAAGUUAGAGCUUUUUAAAAGUGUUUUUCCAUGGUAGAAAAGAAAUUUUUUUGCUGUAUAAAAUCUUGCCAAAUAUGGCUUUUUAUGAAACCAAUACUUUUGAAACAUAAGAUAGUGAUUGAAAUGCCAAACUAAUGGAUUGGGAAUUGACCUGAUUGAGUCAACUGCCAAAUGAUAAACAUAGUUUUAACUAAUAUGUUCCUGUUUUUAUUGUGUUCCAUUUUCUAAUGCCAAAAACAACAGUGUGAGUGAAUAUGCUACUCAGUAUACGUGUAUAGAAGACAGCUUAAAUCUCUCCUUAUGUCAGAGAUGGCAUGAGAUUGCAUAAAAUGUUUUUUCUAAUAAUAUCAAGCACCUUGUUUAUUACUGAUGAAUGAUCACAUUCAGAAACCUUUCUUGAUAAGGUUGCCUCUUAACCCAUUCACAGACAUUUUAUAGGUUUCAUGCAAAAUAGUCUCUCUUGAUGUUCUUUAGAAACAUUUCUUAAUACAAAUCACUCUUGAAAUUUAAACAUGAAAAUUUUUAAUAACAAAAAUGUAGUACCCAUCAAUGAGCAGCUUGGGUUGAAAGGUAUUUUUUGACCAGGUGCAUGAUUGCUAGCAAGCUACAGAGAACUCUGAGGUCAGACAUUGAAUUACUUACAUUACCAAGUAGCAAUAGGGUGCACUUAGCACAGAAGCUGCUGCCUCUCAACAGCGAAGGAGAGGUGGAAAAACAAUCUCUUAUUACUUGAGUAACAAAGUUAACAAUAAAUACUAAUGAGAUGUUUUUCAUCCUUAAUACUCCCUACUCUAAAACAACAUUAAUAAGAAUAGUUGCUAGUUUUUGUUCCCUCAUAAAACACCUUAUAAUUGGAAACUGAUUGUAGGUAUAGUGCAAUUAUGAAUGCUAUAAUCAUUGUACAUACAUAUAUGCCAACAUCCAUAUUGGCUUUAUAUUCAUCAAUUUUUGGCAAAUUGAUUGUGCUGUGAUGAUAUGUAUCUAUGUAAUUGUAUAAUAUGUCUUAUAGCUGAUUCACAUUUUAAAUAAUGUUAUUUUAUUUACUUUUUAAAGAGAGGAAUGUAAAUUUUUUUCAGUUUAUUCCUGACUAGGUAUUUGUUGGUUUUAUUUAAAAAGCAACAAAAAAGCUUAUCAUAGUACAGAAUUGUAGUAGCAUUGUGCUAUAUAGAAUCAUUUGAACAUUCCUGAGUAAAAGUAAAUUGGAGGCACACAGAGGACAGUCAUAAUCAAAACAAUGCUUAAAUCUUGUCAGGGCUUUAUACAGAUGUAGAAGCUGUUUUUGUUAGAAGAAUUUAUGCCAUUAUAUCUAGGAUUAGAACAUAAGCUCGGAAAUAUCAAUUUGUAUUUGGCAGAUUCAACUUCAGUUAAUUUUACCUUUCUAAUAGCCUUUUUUAGAAAAGUCAAAUUAGAGACAUUUCAAAUCAUUGAACAUAAGUACUAAUGGGUAUAUUCUAUUUCCCUAAAAAUAAAAUAAAACCAUCAGGUCAGUUAAACAUUAAUUCAGAAAUUACAGAAACCUUAGACUUAACAACAACAAUGUUGCUAAUGUUAAAAAUUUUAAGGAGUUAAAAUUUGUUUUAUAAAGCUAAAGCACAUAGUUGAAGGCUAUAAAAAGUGACACUGACAUUCUAAAUGUAUCAUCAGAACAGCUUUUCUUAUUAUAUAUGUAAUUCUAACAUUGUCCCUGAUCUUACUUAUAAACAUAACAAAUCUUCUGUUUUAACUGUUGACUCUGGAGUGUGUGAUAAUAUCCUCUCUUUCAGCCUGUGAAUACAUUGGCCACCAUGGAUUUAGUGAUAUAAAUAGAACUGUAGGGGAAAAAAGAUGCAAAAACAUGCCAGUAUUGUCUUAUGAAGGUUUGGGUUUGUUUUAUUAUGGGAUAUCAGGGGAGUGUAUGGGGUUUUAAGUUUUAGUAUAAAAAAGAUUUGUAUAAAAACAAAUCAAAAAUUUACUCACACUUUAUAGACAUAUUGUGAUUGCAAAAUUCAAAUGUGUAUGCCACCGGUCCACUUUUGGUAUAUUUUAAUUGAGUUGAACCUGUGACAAUGUUUAGAUCAUUAAAAAUAUUCUGAAAAAAUAUAAUCAGCAUGUUAAUGCAAGCCUUACAUAACUCACCUAAAACAGCAUUGCAGUGUGACAGUGUUUACAAAAACAUUUAAUUUUUAAAUGACAGGUGUUCUCAUUUGCAAUGUAUUCCAUUGCUGUUGCUGUUUUAAUUGGCGAUUUCCACUAUGCAUUAUAGUGCUUGAGUCUAAAAGUAUGUGCCUCGAACAUGAAGCUGAAGGCAAAAAUAAGACAGGAACCCUUUUAAUUUUGCAAAAUUACAUUGUUUCAUUGAAUGUCAUAAAUGGGAGAGGAGAAAAGGAAAACAUUGGGAAGCUAUUCUAGGUGUACAAGAAAGCUGUAAAUAUGUUUUACAAAAACCUUAAACUUGCUUUUUCCUUAGUUAGCUGGGACUUUGUUUACAUAUAUAGGAUGAUGAAGCUAUAAGGGCAGUUUACUUUUAUAAUUCAGACCUCUGAUUUUCAAGGUAACCUGUAAUUUUAAAUCAUACUUCCACAUGAUUAUGAAGCACUUUUUAAAGUUUGAAAGUGGAGAAGAGGCUUUAUGCUGGUUAUCCAUCAGAACUGCCUGCAUGAUUUGCAAAAACUUUAAAAGGUGAUAAAAGGGCUGCAUAUGAAGAUAUUGCUAGACUCUGAGCUUUUGGUUAUGAGAGGCAAGACUUUCAGAUUGCUCAACUUAAUGGCCCUUCCCUUGUUAUGCAUUUUUCACAAAAUAUUGAAAUAAUAGGAGAAAACAGAGACAUGUUAACCCAUAUGGAAAAGAAAAAUAAUGCCCAAAUAAUUUAUUAUAUGUGCUGCUAGUACUGAAGGUCUGUGCAUGAUUAUCCUGCAUAACAUUAGCAAAGUAAUGAAGUGUGCACAGUAUAUUAACAAAGCCUACAAAUUACCUACCUGUAGUUAAGAAAUCAAUAAAUUAAAUAUGUUGUGGAGGGUGUCGCAAGUAAGGAAAUUAAAAUGGUCUGUUGUAGAUAAUAAAUGGUUAUUUGAGGCCUUCACACUUUUGCAGAUAAAGUCCCUCUUUGGACAUAAACAACUAAGAUUGUAUGUCCCUGUCCAAUUUGCUAGUUUAGUAGAGAUCAUGAAAAACAAUGUGUUUUGGUUCGAAAAGAAUGACUAAUAGUUCCUCUUUUUUGUUGUUGUUUUUGCUUUUAUUUACCAUUUUAAUAAUCAAUCAAAACAAACAUUUCCAUGUAAUCAGUAAUCCAUUGAGGGUCAUUGUUUAUCUAGUUACAGGGUUUUUACUGUAACUUUCACUCGAGCUUUUUUACAGUAGCUAUGUUGCAGGAAAAAAAGAAUUGAAGAAUCAUUUGGGCAAAGCUGAUGUUGAAGGUAGUGUCAAAAAUGCAAGGGAAUUCAACCAAAUCAAUCUUACUCUUGGUAAUAAGACUGCUGUUUUUGUGAUGUUAGGGGUUCUUCUAUCAAAAGAUGGUAUAAGAUGAAGUCUUGCUGGAUUUCUUAUUUAUCAUGCUGCAGAAAAUCCUUUCUGUUUGCCAAUAUAUUGGAAGGGGAGUCAGAUACAUUUUUAAAAUUUGCAGUGUUUAACAAAAUAAAGAUCAUAUUUGUUAUUCUGAAGUGUCAUUUAAA